CGUUGACAGUAAACUUUCAACCGUUUAGGUGCUAGGUGGCGAUGUCGUCCAGAAGGGUUGAUUUUACCAUCGAAAAUUUACGAUUCCCGCCAAAAACUCGACAUUUGAAAAAAAUUUUAAAUUUUAUUCUAACUCGUUUCGGUCUGCUAUGCGCUGUUUGUUUGUAUCUUUUGGCCGGAGCUUUUUUGUUUCAAUGUUUAGAAUCGAGACACGAACUGAAGCAACAGGGUUUAAUGCAACAGCAACGAAUUAAUUGUUUGAAAGAACUUUGGAUUAUUACAGAGAAACUGAAUGUAUUGUAUGCAAAAAACUGGACUCAGUUGGCUCAUCAGCACAUUCGUACAUAUGAAGAACACCUUUCAGAAUUAACAACUGAUUUUAACGGUAUAGAAGAAAUUUUAAAUCCUCAUCAACGAUGGACUUUCAUUAGAUCAUUUCAUUACUCGUUAUCGCUCAUGACAACGAUAGGAAAUGCCGGUUUAUCGCCUAAAACUCUGCAAGGCAAAUUGUUCACAAUUUUGUACGCCAUUUUGGGAAUACCUCUAAUGUUUCUUCUUUUGUCAAACUGCGGUUACUUGAUUGCUGAUGGUUUGAAAUUAAUUUGCUUUAAAUUAAAUUGGUACUUCUAUAUUGAAGAUUCGAGAGUAGGGUUGAAUGAAAAUCAAGAACCUACGAUAUCAAUUGUACCAACUGUCAAACAAACUAUUGUUGAAUUACAAAAUGGAAGUAGUGGAGCACCUACCACAACUUUGGCAUCGGAACGAAAGCUCAGAAAUAUGAGUAACACGUGUUGCCACGGUUUUGAAAGUAUAAGACUGCGUGAUUUAAAAUCAUCUUCGAAGUGUAAAGAUGAGAAUUCAUCAAGCAAUUUUAAACCAUCAAAUUGCUCAACCAAUUGUAGAAAUUACCCAGAAUCGAUACGGUUAAUUUCUACAGAAAUCCCGGCUAUUUUAGCAGUAUUAUUAUUAGUCUCGUACAUAAAUCUUGGAAGUUUAGCAAUGACUGUUUGGAAAGAUUAUUCGUUUCUGGACGCUUCGUUUUUUUGGUUUUUUAGCCUAACGACGAUCGGUCAAAAAGAUAACAACUAUGUACAAUCUAAUGAAAUAACGUAUACUUCCAAUAUAAAUUUUAUUUGUUAUUUGUGUAUUUUUACAAUAAUUGGAUUAAUUAUUACCGCUUCUGUUUUUGUUAUGUUAAUAGAUAAGAAUUUUUUAAGAUGUAAUUUCAUUUGUUCAAAUUUCAUUCACCAAGAACAAAACGUUCAUUUAUAGUAAAAGCAAACGUAUCUGUGUUCAUUUAUUUGUGUUGACCUGUCUUGACAUUUUGAUGAGAUGAAUUGGAUCAAUUUUGUGAGAACGGAUUUCACAUCAAUUUGUAUGAAAAAUUCAAUUUUUAAAUCUCAUCUGCGUUUUUUAUUAAAAUUACUUGAUCCAUCACCUAUACCUACUUGUUAUCGUAAUAUGUAAUGAUCAAAUGAUGAUAGUUCUUUGAAAACGUUCGUUUCUUCGAAAAAAAUUGUUAAUCAGAAGUCUUAAUAUGAAUCAUUACGACUACGAGAAACACAAAAAAACUACGUAGUGUAGGUACUAGGUUAGUAGGUAGGUAGAUGUUAGUUUAGUAUUCAGUUAGAAAUAUGAUUUCAAAGGUUUCAUUAUUCGCGAAUUAGCCAAGUUUUAAAUGUCACACCAACUUUCACUUUCAGUUCCAGCAGAAAAGUAGGAUUUAUAUAUUGUGCUACUAGGUAUAUAAUGGGUAAUAUGAUUUCACAUUUAUUCGAGAAGAAAAAAAUGAGCGUUAUGAUGAUUGGUCUGGAUGAUGCUGGUAAAUCGACUGUAGCAUACAAAUUAGCACCAGAUAAAGUCUGUACAACAAUUCCUAAAUGUGGUCACAGAAUCGAAACGUUUAAUUAUAAAAAUAUUAUUUUUGAUAGUUGGGAUCUUUUUGGCGCAGAUGAACAAACACCUAUACUGAGGCAUUUUUCCAGAAAAAAACAAGGUUUAAUAUUUGUAGUAGAUAGUAUCGACAAGGAAAGGAUUGGCGAAGCAGAGGCAGAACUGAUGAGAACAUUAUUAUACCUGGAUAAUACUGUACCUGUUCUGAUAUUCGCGAAUAAACAGGAUUUGCCCAAUGCCAUGAAUAUUACAGAAAUAACUGACGAAUUGUGUCUUCAGUCGGUUCGUUAUCGAAAUUGGGUUGUUCAAGGUAUCAGCGCUUCUAAAGGGGAUGGUAUUGACGAAGGACUGGAAUGGCUCAUUGAUCAGGUCGAAAGGACCAAAAUUGAAGCCAAUCAUCGGAUGUACUCGUACGGUGGACAUGAAUCGCAAAAUGUAGAAACGUAUCAAGGUACAUAUGUUUAUUCCGGCGGUGAUUCGUGAAUUCAGUGAAUUAUGGUUUGAAACGUUGCCAUAUUGACUGGUAAUAAUUCAAGAAAAAAAAAUGUUUUGUUUUUUAUCAGGUAUUUAAAGUAAAAUAUUGCUCUAGAAGAAAUAUUAUGUAGGUACUUAUGCCAGUUUUUCGGUAUCUCGUAGUUAGGUACUCGCAUUUACAAUGGUUUUAUGACGAAUAAAAAGUUUUGAUUUGUUUGUUAUUUCA